UAAAGUAGUAGGAAUCGCUGUAAAAUUAUACUUGGUCUUUAAAUUUUUUAUCCACAUCUCGUCAAAUCUCGUAUCCAAGUGAAGAUACCAUCCGCUCCAGAUUCCAAUGUAGAGAAGCCAACCGGUUGUAAACAUUUCAAAAUGCGAGCUGUUCCAACUUGGGUGGACAAGGUUCAUGACAGGGAUAAAGUAGAACAAUGUAUAUGGGACCUUUGCUUCAAACCUGAUGGGAGUCAGAUCAUCGUAGCAGCUGGCAAUCGUGUCCUUGUGUACGACACCAACGAUGGCACCCUCAUUCAACCCCUGAAAGGCCACAAAGACACAGUCUACUGUGUGGCUUAUGCCAAGGAUGGGAAGAGAUUUGCAUCGGGCUCAGCAGACAAGAGCGUCAUCAUCUGGACUAACAAGUUAGAAGGGAUUCUGAAAUACCAGCACAAUGAUGCUAUCCAGUGUUUGGCCUACAAUCCCCUGACACACCAGUUAGCCAGCUGCGCACAAACAGACUUUGGGCUUUGGUCACCGGAGCAGAAGUCUGUGUCCAAGCACAAGGUGGGCAGUCGGAUCACCUGCUGUGGCUGGACCAAUGAUGGACAGUACUUUGCCAUUGGGAUGUACAAUGGAGUUAUAAGUAUUAGAAAUAAGACUGGAGAAGACAAGGUAAAGAUAGAGCGUCCAGGUGCCGCCAUGUCCCCUGUUUGGUCUCUGGAGUGGAACCCUUCCAAAGAUGAGGCAUUUGACAUCCUGACCGUAGCAGAUUGGGGCGGUCAACUUUCAUUCUAUCAACUGUCUGGAAAACAGAUUGGUAAGGAUCGCCACCUGGAGUACGAUCCCUGCUGCGUCAGCUGGUUCUCUAAAGGGGAGUAUGUGGUGAUUGGGGGCUCCAACAAACAGGUGUCCCUUCACACUAAGGAAGGGGUCAAACUGGGCACCAUUGGAGAGCAGAAUUCCUGGGUCUGGUGUUGUAGGGUGCGGCCUGACUCCAAUUAUGUGGCUAUAGGGUGUCAGGAUGGUACGAUAGCGUACUACCAGCUAAUCUUCAGCACCGUCCAUGGACUGUACAAAGACAGGUAUGCCUACAGGGACAACAUGACUGAUGUCAUCAUACAGCAUCUUAUCACAGACCAGAAAGUUCGCAUCAAGUGUAGAGAUUUAGUGAAGAAGAUCGCCAUCUACAGACAUAGACUUGCAGUGCAACUCCCAGACAAGAUAGUGGUCUAUGAGCUGUACUCGGAUGAUUCUGCUGACAUGCACUACAGGAUAAAGGAGAAAAUCAACAAGAAGUUUGACUGCAACCUCCUGGUGGUCUGCUCUCAGCACAUCAUUCUGUGUCAGGAGAAAAGACUCCAGUGCUUGAACUUCAAAGGAAUAAAGGAGCGGGAGUGGAUCAUGGAGUCGCUAAUUCGUUACAUCAAGGUGAUAGGAGGGCCACCUGGUAGAGAGGGCUUGCUGGUGGGACUGAAGAAUGGACAGAUUAUGAAGAUAUUUGUGGACAAUCCAUUCCCCAUAGUUCUGCUGAAGCAGGCCACCUCCGUGCGCUGUCUGGACAUGAGUGCGAGCCGCACCAAGCUGGCCGUGGUGGACGAACACAGCACCUGUCUGGUGUACGAUGUCAACACCAAGGAACUGCUGUUUCAGGAGCCCAAUGCCAACAGUGUUGCCUGGAACACGCAGAACGAAGACAUGCUAUGUUUCAGUGGCUCCGGCCUGCUGAACAUCAAGGCCAGCAACUUCCCCAUACACCAACAGAAACUACAGGUAAUGUCACCAGGGGGGGGGGGGGGAGUUAUGUGUAGGGGGAGCUGUAAUGAUGAUAGAUAUAGGACCAAUGUGUAUGAUUCUGAUACAUCUGGAGAUAAACGUGCACAUUUGUAUAUAUAUAGGACAUUAUGUUCCCUAGUAGUACCCAGUUAUUCCGAGGCCUUGCGACUGGACGAUGAUCCUGAAGAUGAUGAUGAAGAUCCUUUUACCCAGAGGUUGAUGUCAUUUGAGCAAGGAGGACAGGAGUUUGUACCAGUGGUAGUCAACAAGAGCGUCCUUCAGUCCAUGUCCAAGAGGGACGUGGUGGUCCUGGAGUGGCCAAAACCUCUCCGCUACCAGUUCUUUAGAUCUCUGAUGCCAGACGUGUCCAUUACCAAGUGUUCAUCUUGUAAUAAGUUGUUCCACACAGAUGACUAUGAGCUGCUAGUACUACAAAAAGGCCAUUGUCCUUUCUGUCGAAAACCUGUAGAAGAUUAAGGAAGAAGGUCACU